CAGGAACUUUCAGUUUUCGGGCACGUUUCCAAAUUCAACUAACGGAACGAAUUUCCGAAAAUAAAAUUUCAAUCACACAAUAGUCACAAUUUUGUGUUUAUUGUGGUGAAGAUUUCGAUAUCGGAUGUUCUGAUUUUAGUCUUAAUUGAAUGGAGUGCAACUGACAAAAAUAAAAAUAAAUAUUUUUACGCGGCACUUACUUAAUAAACUGUUCUUAACUGAAUGAAUUGUUGGAAUCACUCCAAGAAACAUUUUUUUUUCACCUCAUCUGAGAAACACGACAGGUAAAAUUAAUGUACAAAAGUUUGCUAUCCGAAAGCCCUUACUCGUUAAUUCAUACUUAUCUCGAGGGCGCACAGUCGUUAAAUAUCAAAACGAUUUCAUUCGCAGACAUCUCAAAAGUUCAUGAAACAUGCCUUUCAAACGUAAGGUACAGCUAAAUGCUAAAGUGAAACAAGGGUGAAAACACGAGAGAAACUGAAAGCGUGCGUUGUAGGGGGCCGGGCGCGGCUGGGCGCAGCCGGGUCGGCUCGAGCAGUACUCUCCGGGACGUCGCCCCGACCGCACGGCCGUGUCCCGUGCUCCCGCCCACCGCGAUCUAACUUCGUCACUCGUCAACAAUUGCACAAUGGGAACAAACGGGAUCACUGCGUUCGAUGGCGCUAGUUCGAAUAUGUGAAGUGAUCCAAUUGUGUUCUACUGUGCCGUGUGUUGCACACGUGAUUGUUUUCGCAAGUGUUUAUAUCAUGUAGAUGGCUGAUUAAUUAGCAAUUGAUUUUAAUGGUGCUGCAAAGGUCUGUAACGAAGAGACAAUAUCUUCAUCGAUGUAAAUAAGGAGCUGGUUCGUUUCGAGAGUACGGGAACAAGAGAAGAUGGCCAUCAUGAUUCGUUACACGGUGCAUACAGGAGCCAUGGUGCUGGUCAUGGCGGGCGGCGCCACGGCCAGGGUCGCCGGCAAGAUGGGUGGCUACUCCAACAAAAAGGGAGGAAAAUCAACAAGCGGCAUCAACGAGGAGAUUAUCUGGAUUAGCAUAAGUAUGGCGAUCGCGAUAGCCGUGCUCAUAGCUAUCGCGCUCUGCUAUAUACUGAAAGAGAAAUGCUCGAAGCGGAAAGCGUACAGGGAACAGUCAUGACGAUACAAGGAGGAGUUUGCUAAGCACGCGCUAGCAGACUCCCUCACCGACCUAGACUUCGAGCUACCAGCCUACACCCUCUACCCACAGUACUCACCCGACGGCAAAGAAUACUUCUACAACUUCCAUCGCUUCUCAUAUAUAAGAAACAGCUUCAAGCUACCGCCUAAAGACUAUCCUGUGAAAACAAAAGAAGACAUCUAUAUCAACGCGUGAUUACCGAUCGCGAUGCUGUGUCAGUGUUGUGUACUAUAGUGAGAGUAACUGUGUGUGUAGGUAAGUGUGUGUCUAGAAUACAUGUAAACAUCGAAUGAUAGUAAAAUUAAUGUUAUCUGUAUACUUUUAAACAUUGGUGAGAUUAUUACCGUAUAAAUUGUGUAUAUGCUCAACGGUUCGUUGCGACAACAUAAGUUUAAUAUUUUAACGUUUUAAAUAUGAAAAAUAUUUUAU